UCCACCCUUCCGAUUGAUGGCCUGGACUUGAACUUCACUCCCUCCUCUCCUCGCCUGCCUCGCCUCGCCUCACCUCACCUCACAUCACCUUGCACUCCAGCCCGCCCUCGCACCUCGCGGUAUACACCAGCUUGCCGCCCGCAGAGCCGCCAUACCCUCCCUCCGUUCCUUGCUCUGCUAACCACUUGCUAACCGCUGACGCAACGGGGCCUGGCGCUGCGGCUGUUCUUCGCAUUCAUCGCGACCCCCGCCCAUACCUGCUUAGACGUCAGUCAGUCAGUCAACCCAGCCGCCAUCACGCUGUCCACCCAGCCAGCACCACCGCCAGCAAUCUCCUGUCUGUCCGGCGCAAACUCUGCUGGCUCGUCCCGGUCCAGAGCGCCGCCCUCGACGCAUUCGCUGCCUGCAGCCGUCUGCCCUGCCCUACCCUGCUCCUCGCCUGAAUCAGUCCACGACUGCCCAACCACGCCGUCUUCGACACGCCUCCCCAGGCUUCCCACACUUCUGCCCAGCCUCACGAUUCGGCAUGCACCGUGAGGAUUGAUCGCCGUCACAGCUGAAUUCGCUGUACCAAAAUAUCGUGGUCCCACUCCGGCCCUGUGAAUAUGGAGCAGCAGCAGCAACCGCCGCCGCCGCAACAGCAGUGGACCGCCUACUCCGAAUCACCAGCAGCCCGCCAGGCGCGGUACGCUCCCCACACCAUGGCGACCCCCCAACAAACCUCGCGCGACCCCAGCAUGCAACCCCAGCUCAAGCAGGACCCUUACGCCUCUCCCACUCAGUUGUCGCGCACAAAUUCCAUGGCGAGUGCAAUGGCCGUGGCAUCGCCUAGCGCUUCCCAGAGCCGAGGCCUCGACUACAAUGAUGGGGACGGCGACAUCAAAAUGGAGGACGCCGACCCGUACAAGCCCAAAUACCCCCAGAGUCGCGCGAACCACCAGCACAGAAGCUCCCAGCAGUUUCUUCAGCAGGUGCAGCACGAAGAGAGCAGUGCUGCUCGGAGAUAUUCACCCAUGAAUCUCUCGCCAACCUCUCCGUAUACUGCUGCGACCACGCAACAGGGCGGGCCAAAUUACACCAGCUUCACCCCUCAGCAGCAGGUCCAGCCCAAUCGUCAGAGCCCGACGCGUAACAAUCCCUACAUAUCUCCGCCGAACAGCUACUAUUCCCCUCCAACUUCGAGGCCUCAUGCCCCUCAACUACCGCCGAUACAAUCCAACAUGAGCCCCGAUACCUUUUAUCCGCAGUCCGCUACUGCACAGCUCAAUGCGGUUUAUAACAGAGAUGCGCGAUCCCCACGGUCGGCAAACCCCAACAACCAGCAGCAGCAGCAACAAUUGCCCCCGAUUGGGUAUGGGCCUGUGCCAAAGUUUGAUAAUUGCACCAAUACUGCCGAUCUCCAUCCCAAGAUCAACACCCAACCAUUGUUUCGCCGUGCUGCCCCUGAAGGUGGUUUCAUCAGCCCCCUACAAGCCCUUACAUCUCAUCUCCCAGCGACGUACCGGAUAUGCAAUCCUAGCUUCAAAUACGAAUCUUCGCGCAACCCGCGUCGUGUGCUGACGAAGCCGAGCAAAGGGGUAAAGAAUGAUGGCUACGAUAACGAAGACAGCGAUUACAUACUCUACGUGAAUGAUAUCCUGGGAUCAGAAGAUGCCGGUCACAAGAAUCGAUACUUGAUUCUGGAUGUCCUGGGACAAGGAACUUUUGGGCAGGUGGUUAAGUGUCAGAAUCUGAAGACACAGGAAGUGGUGGCAGUCAAAGUCAUCAAGAAUCGAACUGCUUACUUCAAUCAGAGUAUGAUGGAAGUUUCGGUUCUUGACCUGUUGAACAAACAAAUGGACAAGAAUGAUGAUCACCAUUUGCUGAGGUUGAAGGAUACUUUCAUCCAUCGACAGCAUCUCUGUCUUGUUUUCGAGCUUCUCAGCGUCAAUUUGUAUGAGUUGAUCAAACAGAACCAGUUCCGUGGUCUUUCAACAACCUUGGUCCGCGUGUUCGCGCAGCAACUGCUCAAUGGUCUUUCUUUGCUGGGCAAGGCAAAAUUGAUACAUUGCGAUCUGAAACCCGAGAACAUUUUGCUGAAGAACCUCGAGUCCCCGAUUAUCAAAAUCAUCGAUUUUGGAUCUGCGUGCGAUGAGCGACAGACAGUAUACACGUACAUUCAAUCACGAUUCUAUCGAUCCCCUGAAGUGUUACUGGGUCUUCCAUACUCAGCGGCAAUCGACAUGUGGUCGCUCGGCUGUAUUGUGGUCGAGCUGUUCCUGGGACUUCCUCUGUUCCCUGGGUCGUCUGAAUACAACCAAGUUGCAAGAAUAACUGAAAUGCUCGGAUUGCCUCCGACGUGGAUGCUUGACAUGGGUAAACAGUCUGGGGAAUUUUUCGAAAAGACACACGAUGAAUACGGCAGGAGAACUCACCGGUUGAAGUCGAUGGAGCAGUACUCACGAGAGCAUGGGACCAAGGAACAGCCGAGCAAGAAGUACUUCUCUGCUACGACACUCCCCGAGAUCAUCAAGAAUUACGCGAUGCCUCGGAAGAAUAUGAAACCGAACGAGAUUGAGCGAGAAAUGCAAAAUCGAUAUGCGUUCAUUGAUUUUGCUUCCGGGUUACUGAAUCUCAACCCUCUCGAGCGAUGGACACCAAGUCAAGCGAAGCAACACCCGUUCAUCACACAGCAAAAGUUCACCGGUCCUUUCGUUCCACCAAUGGCAAUGCGAUCGGGAUCCAGCCGGUCGCCGGCUCCUGGCGUGCAAGAGCAGCAGCGGUAUGAGGGCAUGAGCAAACAGCGCCAGCAAGCUCAACAGGCCCAGCAGGCAGCUGCCGCCCAGCAGCAAGCUCAGCAAGCGGCUCAAAAUGCUGCGUAUACCAACAUGCAGAUGAACCAGUACGCUGCACAAAACGCACAUGCGCAGGCGCCCAACAUGUAUAACAACAUGUAUACGCCGAAUCAGCAGGGAGCGCCUCCACCGUAUCCAGCCCAACAACCUGCGUACAAUCAGCCAAUGGGCAUGAUGCAGCAGCCUCAGCAACCACAGCAAGCGCAAAGGCAAUACAACCAACCUCAAAACCUCUAUGCUCAAGCAACAACGCGUGCAGGAAGGCAACGUGCAUCAACUAUGGACCAGCAGCAACAGUCUGGUAUUCCGCCGGCGCUUCAAAGGGUCAUCAGCCAUCUGGACCCGAAUGCACCCAUUCGCUUGCAACCUUCACCGGCCUAUUAUCCCCCGCCGCCUGAAGGUGCGCCAGACAACACGGCGAAUGCCGCUGCUAGGAGACGGGGUUCGAGAACAGGCCAGAACCAAAGAAAUUUUGUCCGAACACUUGAAGACCGAACCCUCGAGGAAGGUUUCAUGAGUCAGCAACAUGGCUGGCAAUGA